AUGCACGGCCAUCGCGCUAGCGCUAGCGCGAUCCACCCCGACUAUCCAGUAACGCACCGCGAGUCGACAUGGCGACGCGCCACGCUGAUAGUUCAAGGUUCGACCGCGACCGUGGACGAUACUCUCCGCCCCGCCGUGCCCGCUCGAGGUCUCCAGGCCGCCGAGAUCGCUCGCGAGAUCGCUACGGAGAUCGCUACGGCGGUGGCAGAGGUCGUGACGACCGUGACCGUGCUCGAGAUAGACGUGACGACCGCCGAGACGACCGCCGCGAUGACCGUCGAGACGACCGCCGAGACCGCCGCCGCUCACGUUCACCACCCCGUCGCGAGAGGUCACAGAACCGCCGAGAUGAUCGUUACCGCCGAGACGACCGCCGGGACGACCGCCGGGACGACCGUCGCGAUGAUAGGGACAGGCGUCGAAGUUCCCCGCCACGUCGGCCAGGCUCGGGACGUGCUUCAGCCACACCGGCCCCGGACAAGCGCUGCCACACGUGAAGAGAGGGUUAAUCCCGAGAAGCAAAAGGAGGACAAGCUUGCAGAGCGAGCUGCUAAGCUUCUUGAGUGGAAGAAGCGCAAAGAAGCUGAGCGUCUUGCCCAAGAGAAGGCAGGCACACCCGGCUCAGGAGCCUCGCCAGCCGGCAGUGUGCCUUCGACCCCAGCAGUUGCUGCCACGCCUCCACCGAGGGAGGCCAAACCCACUGUCGCUAAGAGCAAGGUACCCAAGCCCGCUACUGAGAAAGUGAAGCAGAAGCAGCCGGAGAAGUCCAGCUUCAAGCUUGACGAGUCUGCCGCAGCCCGCCCACUCAUUGCCAAGCCAGCCGGAAAGCCAGUGGCCAUUGCAGCCGCCAGUAAGUACCAUCACAUUGACUACAAGUGUUCAAACCAGCUCACACAGACAGAUGGCGCCGCCGCCGCCGCCACCACCAAGGCCAAUGGCAACAUAGGCAGCUUCGGCCUCAAGACAAAGUCUACGGCCGAGGAGGACAUCUCCUCGAAGGCUCUUCUCGAUGACGAGAUCGAUACUGGCAAGCGCAAGCUUCAAGCUCUACCAGUCUUUGCAACACACGAUGAACCUGAGACCACAGCAGGUGUCGAGGAUGAUGCUGCGAUGAGCGAUAUCGGCACUGAUGAUGACGAGACGAACGCGCAAUUACAAGCCAAACUCCAGUCACGUCGGGCUGAACUUUCGCAUGACCAAGCUGCAGACAAAGACACCAACAUGGAAGAAGUUCCUACUGCCGACAACACUGGCGACCAGAUGGACGUUGACGAUAACGCAGGCGCCGAGGAAGAUGACGUCGACCCCCUUGACGCUUUCAUGGCCGAUCUUUCUGUGCCUCAACAGCCAAGCCGGGCCGCCCCGCAAGGCGAGACUAUGUUCAACGACGACCUCGAACCUGAGCAGACCGCUGUCGAAGGCGAGGACCUUCUUGCUCUUCGUGCUGCCAAGAAGAAGAAGAAAGAGGUGCCUACGAUCAAUCAUGAGAAAGUUGAGUACGAGCCAUUCCGCAAAGACUUCUACACUGAGCCUGCCGAGAUCACUCAGAUGUCUGCCGAAGACGUUGCAGAUCUUCGCCACGAGCUCGAUGGCAUUAAAGUCAAGCCCGACGACGUGCCUCGUCCAGUCACGAAGUGGGCCCAGAUGGGGCUGCUUCAGCAAACCAUGGAUGUCUUCACUCGUGUUGGGUACGCGAGGCCCACUGCUAUCCAAGCUCAGGCUAUCCCUAUUGCUGAAUCAGGUCGUGACCUUAUCGGAGUUGCCAAAACUGGAUCUGGCAAGACGCUUGCUUUCGGUAUUCCAAUGAUUCGCCAUGUGCUCGAUCAGCGUCCACUGAAGCCUGCUGAUGGACCCAUCGGCCUGAUCUUGGCUCCCACUCGAGAACUCUCUCUGCAGAUCGUGAAUGAGCUGAAACCUUUCCUCAACGCGUCAGGCAUCACUAUCAAGUGUGCCUACGGAGGUCAACCUAUUUCCGAUCAGAUUGCUAUGAUCAAGCGAGGCGGCAUCCACAUUCUGUGUGCGACUGCUGGCCGUCUUAUCGAUUUGUUGCAGAGCAACUCCGGUCGAGUGCUCAGCUUUAGGCGCAUUACUUACGUCGUUCUUGAUGAAGCUGAUCGCAUGUUCGAUAUGGGUUUCGAACCUCAGGUCAUGAAAAUUCUUGCCAGUAUCCGCCCUGAUCGCCAGACCAUCCUCUUCUCAGCCACAUUCCCCAAGACCAUGGCUGCUCUUGCGAGGAAGGCUCUUGACAAGCCAGCAGAAGUGAUUAUUGGCGGUCGUAGCAAGGUUGCACCUGAAAUUACCCAGCACAUCACUAUCGUACCGCCUUCGUAUGAGAAGAAAAUUGCCAAGCUACUUCAUCACCUUGGCCAGACCUUCAGCGACGAUGAGAAUGCCCAGGUCCUUAUCUUCACCGAGCGUCAGGAGACAGCUGAGGAUCUUCUCUCUAAGCUGUUCAAGGCUAAGUAUUUUGCCGUCAACACAAUUCAUGGAGCAAAAGAUCAAACCGAUCGCAACGAGGCUAUCAACGAGUUCAAGCAAGGUCUACUUAACAUUUUGAUCGCCACAUCAGUGGCAGCUCGCGGUCUCGAUGUACCCGGCCUAGCCUUGGUGUAUAACUUUGAUUGCCCAACACAUUUGGAAGACUAUGUGCACCGGUGUGGUCGUACUGGCCGUGCUGGCAACAAGGGCCUUGCUGUUACGCUAAUCGAGAACCCUGGUCAGGAGCGUUUUGCUGUUCACAUUGUCAAAGCUCUUAAGGAAAGCGGAGCAGAAGUACCUGAUGAUCUACAAGCUAUGGCUAACGCUUUCCAUGAGAAAGUGAAGUCGGGUACCGAGAAGUACUAUAAUGUUGGUUUCAAAGGCAAGGGUCUCGACGAGCUCGAUGCGUCGCGUGCUUUGGACAAGAAACGCGAGAAGCGUGCACUCAAGCUUGGCGAUGAUGACGCUAGCGACGACGAACCCGACCUCCCCAAACUCAAGAAGCCAGAGGCGUCCGGUCCGGGUGUCGCUAAAUCUACGAAUGGAGACGCUGCUGCCGAGCCGGUUCAAGAUGAGCCAGCCUGGAAGAAGCUGUUGUUAGGCAAGAUAGUCGUCAACAAGACUGAGCGCGCUGAAACUGGCAAGCCAACGACUGCUAAAGAGCGAGCCAUGGCGGCUGCGAGGAAGAUCGAUGGCAAUUUGAGUAGGAAGGGCACCGUUCACGCCGGCCAGCCAAUCGACAACAAGGGUCCGGAUGCUGGCCUCUACCAUUCCACCCUCGAGAUCAACGACUUUCCCCAGAAGGCGCGAUGGGCAGUUACCAAUCGCACCAACGUCGCCAAGAUUUUGGAUGCGACCGGUGUGUCCAUUACCACAAAGGGCAACUUUUAUGGGCCAGGCAAAGAACCAGGAGAAACGGAUUUGCCCAAGCUAUACAUUCUCGUCGAAGGCGAUACCGAAGGUGUUGUCACUCAGGCGAUGUUGGAGCUCACUCGUCUCCUGACAGAUGCCACUGUUGCUGCAGAGGAGGCUGCUUCAACUCGUGGCCCUACAGGCCGCUACAGCGUCAUGUCAUAA